AAGCUCCAACUUGGAUGGUCCGGAGAUCACUCCAGCACCUGGGAGCGCUUCACAGUGCCUAGUGAGCUGCGCGCGGGACCUGGGGGCGGAGACCUUCAGCAGCGUCUGCCGAGGGGCGAGCAGGGCGCAGAAGGGGGCGCGCUUUCUUCCUGCGGGUCUCAGUAAUGAGGAGACUGAGUUUGUGGUGGCUGCUGAGCAGGGUCUGUCUGCUACUGCCGCCGCCCUGCGCACUGGUGCUGGCCGGGGUACCCAGCUCCUCCUCGCACCCGCAGCCCUGCCAGAUCCUCAAGCGUAUCGGGCACGCGGUGAGGGUGGGCGCGGUGCACCUGCAGCCCUGGACUACUGCCCUCGGCGCCGCCAACCGCGCUCCGGACGGCAGCCGUGCAGGCGCCCAGCGGGAUGAGCCCUUGCCCGGGACGUGGCGUCCCCCGGCGCCCUCUCCGGGCGCACGCUGGUUGGGGAGCACCCUGUAUGGCCGGGGGCCGCCGGCCGCCCGAAAGCCUGGGGAGAACGCUGAGACCGAAACCCUGUGGCCGCGGGACGCUCUCCUCUUCGCCGUGGACAACCUGAACCGCGUGGAGGGACUGCUGCCCUACAAUUUGUCUUUGGAAAUCGUGAUGGCCAUGGAGACGGGCCUGGGCGAUCUGCCUCUCUUGCCCUUCUCCUCCCCUAGUUCGCCUUGGAGCAGUGACCCUUUCUCCUUUCUGCAGAGCGUGUGCCACACCGUGGUGGUGCAAGGGGUAUCGGCGCUGCUCGCCUUCCCCCAGAGCCAAGGCGAGAUGCUGGAGCUCGACUUGGUCAGCUCUGUCCUACACAUCCCAGUGAUCAGCAUCUUGCGCCACGAGUUUCCGCGGGAGAGUCAGAAUCCCCUUCACCUACAACUGAGUUUAGAAAAUUCAUUAAGUUCUGAUGCUGAUGUCACUGUCUCAAUCCUGACUAUGAACAACUGGUACAAUUUUAGCUUGCUGCUGUGCCAGGAAGACUGGAACAUCACUGACUUCCUCCUCCUUACCCAGAAUAAUUCCAAGUUCCACCUCGGGGCUAUCAUCAACAUCACCACCAAUCUCUCCUCCACCGAGGCCCUCUUGAGCUUCCUGCAAGUCCAGCUUCAGAGCAUUAAGAACAGCACAUCCACAAUGGUGAUGUUUGGCUGCGACAUGGAAAGUAUCCGGCAGAUUUUUGAAAUCAUCACCCACUUUGGGGUCAUGCCCCUCGAACUUCACUGGGUGCUGGGGGAUUCCCAGAAUGUGGAAGAACUGAGGACAGAAGGUCUACCCUUAGGACUCAUUGCUCAUGGAAAAACAACACAGUCUGUCUUCGAGUACUAUGUACAAGAUGCCAUGGAGCUAGUGGCACGCGCUGUAGCCACAGCCACCAUGAUCCGGCCAGAGCUUGCUCUCAUUCCCAGCACAAUGAACUGCAUGGAUGUGAAAACUGCAAAUCUCACUUCAGGACAGUAUUUAUCAAGGUUCCUAGCCAACACCACUUUCAGAGGUCUCAGUGGUUCCAUCCAAGUGAAAGGGUCCACCAUCGUCAGCUCAGAAAACAACUUUUUCAUCUGGAACCUUCAACAUGACCCCAUGGGAAAGCCAAUGUGGACUCGCUUGGGCAGCUGGCAGGGGGGAAAGAUUGUCAUGGACUACGGGAUAUGGCCUGAGCAGGCCCAGAGGCACAAAACUCACUUACAACACCCAAGUAAGCUACACUUGAGAGUGGUUACACUGAUUGAGCACCCAUUUGUCUUCACUCGGGAGGUAGAUGAUGACGGCUUGUGCCCUGCUGGCCAACUCUGUCUAGACCCCAUGACUAACGACUCUUCCAUAUUGGACAGUCUUUUCAGCAGCCUCCAUAGCAGUAAUGAUACAGUGCCCAUCAAAUUCAAGAAAUGCUGCUAUGGAUAUUGCAUUGAUCUGCUGGAAAGGCUAGCAGAAGAUAUGAACUUUGACUUUGACCUCUAUAUAGUGGGGGAUGGAAAGUAUGGAGCCUGGAAAAAUGGGCACUGGACUGGGCUGGUGGGAGACCUUCUUAGUGGGACGGCCCAUAUGGCAGUCACAUCCUUCAGCAUCAACACUGCACGAAGCCAGGUGAUAGAUUUCACUAGCCCUUUCUUCUCCACCAGCUUGGGCAUCUUGGUGAGGACACGAGACACAGCAGCUCCUAUUGGAGCCUUCAUGUGGCCACUGCACUGGACAAUGUGGCUGGGGAUUUUUGUGGCUCUGCACAUCACUGCCAUCUUCCUCACUCUAUAUGAAUGGAAGAGCCCUUUUGGUAUGACUCCUAAGGGACGAAAUAGAAGUAAAGUUUUCUCCUUCUCUUCAGCCUUGAAUGUCUGUUAUGCUCUCUUGUUUGGUAGAACAUCAGCCAUCAAACCCCCAAAAUGCUGGACUGGAAGGUUUCUAAUGAACCUCUGGGCCAUUUUCUGUAUGUUUUGCCUUUCUACAUACACGGCAAACUUGGCUGCUGUCAUGGUAGGUGAGAAGAUUUAUGAAGAACUUUCUGGAAUCCAUGAUCCAAAGCUCCAUCAUCCCUCCCAAGGCUUCCGAUUUGGAACUGUCCGUGAAAGCAGUGCUGAAGAUUAUGUGAGGCAAAGCUUCCCAGAGAUGCAUGAGUAUAUGAGAAGGUACAAUGUACCUGCCACCCCUGAUGGAGUGGAGUAUCUAAAGAAUGAUCCGGAGAAGCUAGACGCCUUCAUCAUGGACAAAGCCCUUCUGGAUUAUGAAGUGUCAAUAGAUGCUGACUGCAAACUUCUAACCGUGGGGAAGCCAUUUGCCAUAGAAGGAUAUGGCAUUGGUCUCCCACCCAACUCUCUACUGACCUCCAACAUAUCCGACCUAAUCAGUCAAUACAAGUCACAUGGGUUUAUGGAUGUGCUGCAUGACAAGUGGUACAAGGUGGUCCCGUGUGGCAAGAGAAGUUUCGCUGUCACUGAGACUUUGCAAAUGGGCAUCAAACACUUCUCUGGACUCUUCGUGCUGCUGUGCAUUGGAUUUGGUUUGUCCAUCUUGACAACCAUUGGUGAGCACAUAGUGUACAGGCUGCUGCUACCACGAAUCAAGAAUAAGUCCAAGCUGAAAUACUGGCUCCACACUAGUCAGCGAUUACAUAGAGCGUUGAAUACAUCCUUUGUAGAGGAAAAGCAGCAAUGUUUCAAGACUAAACGUGUGGAAACAAGGUCCAAUGUGGGAUCCCGUCAGCUUGCCGUGUGGAAUACUUCCAACCUGAGUCAUGACAACCGGUGCAAGUACAUCUUUAAUGAUGAGGGAGGCCAAAAUCAGGUGGGCCUCCGGACCCACCAGGACAUCCCUCUCCCUCCUAGAAGAAAAGAGAUCCCUGCCUCCCUGACCACCAAUGGGAAAGCAGAUUCCUGCCAGGUAGCUCGGAACUCAGUGAUGCAAGAACUUUCAGAGCUUGAGAAGCAGAUCCAGGUGAUCCGCCAGGAGCUGCAGCUGGCUGUGAGCAGGAAAACAGAGCUGGAAGAAUAUCAAAGGACAAACCGGACGUGUGAGUCCUAGGUGGUCACCAGCUCCCCUUU